AUGUCUAUCGGAGGCGGCUACAACUAUUCAUAUAUAUUUAAAUAUAUAAUUGUUGGUGAUAUGGGGGUAGGAAAAAGUUGUUUAAUGCAUCAGUUCACUGAAAAAAAGUUUAUUCCGGAUUGCCCACAUACUAUUGGUGUUGAGUUCUCCACAAAAAUCAUUGAAGUAAACGACCAGAAAGUUAAGAUCCAGAUAUGGGAUACAGCUGGCCAAGAACGUUUCAGGGCAGUAACACGGUCGUACUAUCGAGGAGCUUCCGGGGCUUUACUAGUUUACGACAUCACACGAAAGCCAACGUUCAACCGGAUUCAAACGUGGUUAACAGAUGCUAGGCGACUGACUUCCCCUAAUACCGUUAUCUUUCUUAUUGGCAAUAAGGCUGACCUCGAAGAGCAACGUGAUGUUACUUAUGAAGAGGCUAAACAACUGGCAGAUGAAAAUGGUCUUUUGUUUCUAGAGUGUAGCGCUAAAUCUGGUGCUAACGUAGAAAAUGUAUUCACUGAAACAGCUCGAAAAAUAUUCCAGAACGUUCAGGAUGGAAGUGUAUAUCUAAACAGUGUUGAUGGAGGUGUAAUAAGUAAAGGUUCAUUAACGCCAGGUACUGGACGGAAUAGUGUAGAACUUGGCAAUUCAGCUUCAACUAAUGAUGGAACUCGUCAAAGUGGGUGUGCUUGUUAAAAACAGAAUUCAUAUAUGAAACAAAAAUAAACACAAUAAAGAAAAUCCUGCUACAUUAUAGGAAUUUAUCUUUCCCGUGAUCACGAUUUUUCAUUUUAUUUUGUUCCAGAAUAAAAGUCAUUUUUCAUAAUUAGCAUCAUCAUUAUCAUCAUAGUAAUUCAUAAUCGUCAUUUUCAAUAAUUAUUAUUGGCUUUUUCUUUGCAGUUCAAGUGAAUUUAUACAUAUUUUAAAAAUUAUCGGGUUUCAGACACUAUGCAUAUAUGUUGUUCACUGAUAAAGUCACUUUUACUAGUUAAUAUCUUUCUUUAUGAGAAUAGUUUAAUUUGUACAUUUGAUCACCUUUUUUUAAUUUUCUGACCAAUAAUGUGCUUUAUAUUUUAUCACUGACGCUCUUCUCACCCUCUAUGUGUGUAUGUGUGUUCGUCAAUGUAUUUGUGUUUCACACUAUAUUGGAUCAUUGAUGUUGUUAAGUUGACAUAACGUGGCCGUCUACCUAUUUCGUUCGAUGUUGUCAUUAUUUAGUUUAUUUAAGAAAGACAUUAUUUUUAUCUUGCUUCUCUCUUUACCAUUCUACUUGAUGUAAUUCAAUAACAUAAGCAUGAUUUUCUGUGUUGGCCAUAAGUUAUGUGCAAACACUAAAUUUUGUACAGAUGUCUUAAACGGAGCAAAUAUUACUGUGUAUGUAUUUUUGUGAUCUUCUGUAUGCGGUUGUAAAAAGAUGUAACUCUUUUCACUUUAAAUUAAGUCAAUAAUGGGAAAAAAAGCAUUCCUUCCUUUAUGCAGGUUUCCUCUUCUUUUCAAUAUUAAGACGAAUUAUGAGGUUAUAUAAUUUUGUUUAAGUAUGUUCUUUCUUAAUAGCUAUAUAUAUUCUAACGAUAAUUUCCUCGCACCGUUUAUUUCUUUUAUAAAGCUACUAUGUGAUACUUUUUCCGCGGUACAAUGCAUAAAAGCACAAAUCUAUUUCUUAUCGGGUAAAUUGAUUGAUGGUUAAUAAUAUUUUCUAAAGAUUGAAUAUUUUACAAGCUCUUUCUUUCAAUAUGGAUUGCUUCUACAACACAACUCAUAUGUUUUUUCGAAUUUCUUUCUGUUCAUUUUGUAUUUGAUCUUGGAAACUGUUUUGUAUUCUCUCGUUUUUUUUCUAAAAACAAUCUCUCCAUUUGCUUGUUCAUCUGUUCAAAUCUCAUUUUUAUUUUAUUCCUUAAUCAUGUUUUCCGUUUUUUCUUGUUGUUUGUCAAUAAAUUGUGUACUGAUUGAUAUCGAUAAUAAUAAUCGAAACACCUAUGUAACUGCAAAUACCUUCACUUAUUUAUUUAUUACACAUUUAUCGUUGG